CACAUGGAGAGACCCAUGACAGGCCCGGCUUCUGUAUCCCUCUGUCCGGAGUAGGCGUGGGUUGAUGACGCACUUCCGGCCUGGUUUGUUUUUCUCCCGCUGGCGCGCUGGCCGGGGUAGUGAGCUGUGGUGGCUGUGCUUUGGAGGAGACGGUGCCCGUGAGCCCUGCUUUCCGGGAAUCUCAUCGGGGUCUCGGGGCCCCGGAGGCAGCGUUGGCGGCGGCCUGCGCGGUGGUGCUGGCGUUGAAAGCAGAAGCGGAGGAGGAAGAGAAGGACCCCGGGGACGCUUCGGGCGGCUGCGCUCCGGGGACGUGUCCGGCCCGGAGGAGGCGCUGAGCCGCCGGCGGGAGCUGUGCCGCCGCUGGCCGCGGCCCGAGCGGCGCUCCAAGGAGCAGAUGCUGGAGCUGCUGGUCCUCGAGCAGUUCCUCAGCCUCCUCCCGCGCCGGCUGCGCCACCGGCGCCCCGAGAGCGGGGAGGAGGCGGCGGCCUGGGCGCGCUCCCUGCAUCCGGCCUCCCCGCAGGGCACCCCGACUUUCAAGGCCGAGGCUGAAUGUCCAACCCAGGGAGAAUGGCAGCAGCUGGCUGUGGAUCCCCAGAACGGCUCGUGCAAAGAGAGCGCGGAGGACUAAGGGAGCACGACCGUGCCGGGCCUGGAGAACCAAGCUGCCUGAAACCUAACCUGAUCCCAAA